AUGGCACCGAAGAAGCAGCAGAACAAGAUGUCCCUAGUGGACUUCUUGGCCGACGAGAAUACUGGCAGCUCGUGGGCCGACGAGAUGGAUGAGUUGCCCUCGGCUCCCGCCCCCCGUGAUUAUGGUUCGGACUUUGCCGCCGGUGGUGGCCUGGGUGCGCGCGGUGGCCGCUCGCGCUUUGACGACGGUCCGGGCUUUGCCCGCGCCGAGCCGCCCCUUCCUACGGAGCCUCCCUUCACUGCCUUUGUGGUGAACCUGUCGUUUGAGAGCACUGAAGCUGACGUUGAGCACUUCUUCGAGCCCCUGAAGCCUGUGAGCAUUCGCCUUGUGUCUGGUCAUGACGGUCGUCCCAAAGGUUACGGCUACGUCGAGUUUGAGACUCUUGACAUCCUGAAGGAGGCGCUCACUUUCACGGGCAAGCCUAUGGAUAACCGCAAUGUGCGUGUUAGCGUCGCCGAGCCCUCGUCGCGUUCGAUGAAGGGUGCCAUGGCCGAUGAAGCUACGCAGUGGCGCCGUUCGACUCCUCUUGCCGCGGACAACCGUGGCGGUCCCUUCGGCGGUGGCCCCCCCGGUGGCUCGUCGGGCUUUGAUGAGAUGGGCGUCGGCUCGGAUGGCACGCGCAGCGGUUUCGGCGGCAAGUUUGUGCCUACUGCUGACCGUCCUCGUCGCGGCGGUAUUGAACCGGCGGAACCCGGCCGUGGUGACACUGCGUCUGACUGGCGGACGGGCAAGCCGGUCUCUGGCAAGAGCUCUUCGCGCUUCGGCUUUGGUGGUGAUUCCGAGCGCCGUGGUGGUGACCGUCCCGGCGCGGCGGACGAAGGCUUUGCCAACUGGCGCGCUGGUCGCCAGGCGUCUGCGGAAAGCGCUACUGGUGAGCGUCGCAAACUGGACCUGAAGCCCCGCAGCACGACGGCCAGCUCGACGAGUGCUACCUCGCAGAGCUCGGCGCGCUCGAACCCCUUCGGCAGCGCCAAGCCUGUCGAUGUUGGCCAGCGCGAGCGUGAGAUUGACGAAAAGAUCCGCGAGCAGGACCGCAUCCGCCGCGAGGAACGCCUCAAGGAGGAUGAGCGCAAAAAGAGCCGUGCGAGCAAGGCCCCCUCUGAUGGCGCCUGGCUAGCCAAGGCCGAGAAGCCCGCCAAGACGGCCGAGGCCCCCGCCGAGGAGAACAAGGAAACGACUGCCUAA